AUGCCGGCUCGCUCGGGCCUGAUGGGCUCAGGGAAGUCCAUUCGGUCGAUGGUGCCUAUUUUCGUGGUCCGCGGCUCCGUCUCUCGGGUCACAUUAUCUCAUCCAUCCGUCAUCCAUCACAGUUCAACACACCUCACUCACUCACUCACGCUGGAUAGCUCGGAUAUCAACACAUGGAUCCGUGCAUCCAAUAACGUGUUAUGUGACCACGCCGCGCCCCAGCCUCCUGCAAGAGACGUCAAAAGACGAAAGGAGGCAGCUUAUGAGGAUCAAGGAACUUUACUUCCAACGCGCGGUUCAACCAAACCUCGCCGAGGAUAGCCUCGACCUCGCAAUUCCUGUGCUCCUUUCAGCCGCCCUCUUCCUUGCAAGUCGUAUCGGAGCUAAGCUACUGAUUCAUUACAAAUCCCGCCCUCAGCCUGCGCAUUCUUCACCGUUCCAGGCUCCAUCGGCCUGGCUCCACCCUGGUCGUCAACAACUGGAACUAUUUUUUUCCUUCAGGGCAAUAUCAACCGAAAGCUGUGUGACUGACUUCCUAACUUUCUGACCUUCCUCAACCGCGCCUUUCUCUCCAUGUAUUGUCUGCUCCUUUACAUACCUACUUUUUGAGCACCAUCACAGCGCCUUGUCACCUUGGUUACCAGGUUGCCAUGAGAUGGACUGGUUGCUAGACAGCCGCGUACUGCUGCCAUGACGUGUCGCGGACGCGGAUUGGAUUGAGACAUUGGGAUGCGAGCUGCUCGCAACUCGAAACUCUCCUCCUGUCAUUUAGCG